GACGCAUGCGCAGUAGUUGAUACUAAGCAUUCGGGUUGCCCUAAACGGUGCCCAACUUCCCGCUCUUUUCCGAGCUACAUGACACAUCGAGGAAUUGAUUGAAGUGUGUUUUGUAUACAAUUGUUUAGCGCGGCUCGUACAGCGACUGUGCCGUGUUGAUGUAAAAUGAAAGGGUAAAUGCUGGACAACACUUGAGCAACUGGUGUGAUAUAGCUACGUCUCGGCGAGUGUAAGAUGGGCGACCAGAAGGAAAAUCUGCCUCGUUACCCGCAUGAUGUGGGCGAAGAGGAUCUGUGCCAAAAGUUUGAAAACAACCUAGAUCUGCUCGGUGAGGUCAAGCAGUGGAGUAGUAUUAAUGGUCAGGAGGAUACAUUGAUAACUUCUGUUGCCUCCCCUGUCAAUGAUUUUAGUGAUCCAGUGUAUAAAGACAUUGCCAUUUCAAAUGGUUGUGUCAACAGAAUGACUAAGGAUGAGCUAAAGGCGAAGCUCUCAGAGUUUAAGCUUGAUACUAGAGGUGUAAAAGACGUGCUCAAGAAGCGCCUGAAGAAUUACUACAAAAAGCAGAAGCUGACCCAUGCAUUGUCAAAGGACUCCAGCAACACCGAUACAUAUUAUGAUUACAUAUGUGUCAUUGACUUUGAAGCCACUUGUGAGGAGGGCAACUCUCGUGACUACGAUCAUGAAAUCAUAGAGUUCCCCAUUGUAUUGAUCAACACAAAGACUUUGGAAAUUGAGGAUACAUUUCAGCGAUAUGUGAGGCCGGAAGUCAAUACUCAACUUUCUGAAUUCUGUAUUAACCUAACGGGAAUAACCCAGGAUGUUGUGGACAAAGCUGACACAUUCCCUAGUGUUCUCCAAAGAGUUGUGGACUGGAUGCGAGAAAAGGAGCUUGGUACAAAGUACAAGUAUGCUAUACUGACUGAUGGGUCUUGGGACAUGUGCAAGUUUUUGAACAUACAGUGUCAUAUAAGUAGGAUUAAAUACCCUCGUUUUGCCAAGAAAUGGAUCAACAUACGCAAGUGUUAUGGAAACUUCUACAAGGUUCCAAGGAAUCAAACAAAACUGACAGUUAUGUUGGAGAAGUUGGGAAUGACGUACGAUGGGCGCUUGCACAGUGGUCUGGAUGACUCUAAGAACAUUGCUCGAAUAGUUAUACGUAUGCUCCAAGAUGGCUGCGAGCUGAGAGUUAAUGAGCGGAUGCAUGCAGGCCAGCUAAUGAGCGUGUCCAGCUCCUUGCCUUUUGAAGGGUCUCCCAUUCCUCAAUAUCCACAAUUGAAAAACUAACUUUCCUGCCACUGUAAAUACUUGUUUUGGAGAGUUUUUAAAAUCACUUUACAUUGUACUGUAACAAAAUAUAUAAAGACAUUGUAAAGAGCUGAAGAAUAAAAUUUGGUAUUCAGCAAGUUUUAAUAAAUAUUAUUUAUAAACAAUCAUUAGUGGAAUAUGAAACAAGCACAAUAAAAUGAACUCUUGAUCUUAUAUUUGUGCAUGUGCUUGUCUCAGUUAGUAAGACAUUCAUGAGUUGGGUCUGUACGCUUUAUUUAUCCUGAACUGAAAGUACAGUGUUGAGCACUGUUUAUUGAUUAGGGAGUUGGUCAUUAGGAUUAAUCGUUCUGUUUUGUAUUGAUAUACAUUACACCUGCAUUAACAGGAGUUAAGAGUGU